CAGUGAAGCGGCUGUCUUUUCUUCAGUCUCCACAUUGGCGCCACAGCGUGGGGCCCGAACCCAGAUUCCCGUACAGUCAGGUACGUUUAGCAGGCCUUCGCAGUCGCUGCGCCUAUACAGACAUUGGAUUACUUCACCGCCGAGCUUGUUAUAGUGACCGUUAAAAUGUCAACUUCGCCCCCGCUUACGCGAUCCCGUAGCCGCCCCAAUGCAGCGAACACAGCUCGUGCUACCGCGACUGGUGAUGGAGCGGAGGACUUGCGACCGGGCUCUGAUAUACCCACAGCAGACUUGGAGGUUCCAUUGCCCGCUGAGAGCCUUUCCCCACCGGUGCCGCUUGCACCUCUCACCGCGUUGGGCCCAUUGCCAGAACAAAUGGCAUUGUUCCUGGCGGAGAUGUCGCGGCUCCUGCAGGAACAACGCCGUCCGCUACCACCCUUAGUUCCAACACCUCGGACGGGGACAUUGCGUUUACAUGCCGAGAUUCCGAAAUAUUCAGGCUACGCAGAUAGAAAAUCGGUUGUUGAUUUUCUUGACGAAUUGCGUGAAUACCAGGCGGUGUCUGAAAUGUCUGAGGUUGAACUUCUAUCACGCGUACUGCCGAUCGCCCUCACGGGAAGCGCCGCGACAUGGCGUCGGAGACAAUCACCCUUCUCGACGCUACAAGACUUUUCGGAGCAGUUCAAAAAUGAAUUUCUGCCUCCCGAUUACGGCGCGCGAAUGCUCGAUGAGCUUAGGGCGCGCACUCAGCACCGCGACGAGUCCCUAGUCGAGUUUGUUCGGGCGCUCCAAACUCUCUAUGACAGGGCUGACCCUAGUGCGUCCGACUCAGACAAGGUGUCGCGGGCUAUCCGGCAAAGCCACCCGCAGUUUCAUCCCUACCUGCGUGGGCGGGUGUUCCGGAGUUUGGACGAGUUGGCCCAAGCAGCCCACCAGAUCCAGGCGGACAUCCUGGCCGAACUAAGAUAUCGGCCUCCUCCACCGCCGGAGGCUUGCCUGGAACCGUCCUGCGCUUGGACAGGCACGACCAGGCAAUCCAUGGACGAGCAUGGGUCACGGCCAGUUCUCCCCGGAAGGGUACCCCGAGCGCUGGACCCUUACACCCACGGACUGGGCGAUGGUGCUCAAGUCCGCGAGCAUGGCCGCCAAUACCAAGCCCCAUCCAGAGAGCGAUACCCAAGGGCCACCUCAGCUACUCUCCGCUGCUUCCGGUGCGGAAGUCUCGGCCACUUUCGCCGGGACUGCACCCGGCGGGUUUCAAACGACAAUUCGGGAAACGAGGUAGGCCGCCGAUAGCAGGGCCCUGUCUGUCGGUGGCUUCUCCUUGUUACAGGCCCUCGGUCACCCCACCGUCUCGGU